GCCGCUGGCGGCACCCGCCGGUCCGUGUGGCUGUCCCGGUGCUCGCCGGUCCCGAGCAGCGCUGCCUCCGUGGGUCUGCGAUGCUGAGGUGCGCUAAGGAACCCCAUAACCCGCAGAUGCCCUGCAGCCUCCCUGGGCAGCCGUCUGCCACGCUGUAGCGACCUGGCAGUACUUGUGUGGAGUAUUGUUUUGUCUUCAGAAGUUACUGCUUUUAAGGGUUGUGUUCAUAAGUCAGUGCAUGGUGCAGCAGCCCUGCAGUGAGGAUGUGCUCUGACAGCUGGGCUUUGUGAGCCAGGGCUGCCUGAACCUCUGCAUCAGGUGCCCUUACGAACUCGUGUGUUCUAGUGCCGUCUUCACAGACUAUAAGAUUCAGAUAUGUUCCUAUUUGAUUGGAUUUACAGUGGUUUCAGUAGUGUAUUGCAGUUUUUAGGACUGUACAAGAAAUCAGGCAAACUAGUGUUUCUUGGACUGGACAAUGCUGGAAAAACGACACUGCUGCACAUGCUCAAAGAUGACAGACUGGGCCAACACGUCCCCACGUUACACCCCACUUCAGAAGAGCUGACAAUUGCUGGCAUGACUUUCACUACCUUCGAUCUGGGUGGACAUGCUCAAGCUCGCAGAGUGUGGAAAAACUACCUGCCUGCAAUUAAUGGUGUUGUGUUCUUGGUGGACUGUGCAGAUCACGAAAGAUUGCUUGAAUCAAAAGAAGAACUUGAUUCACUAAUGACAGAUGAAACUAUUGCUAAUGUGCCUAUCCUAAUUCUUGGUAACAAGAUUGACAGACCUGAAGCCAUCAGUGAAGAGAGGUUACGAGAGACAUUUGGUCUGUAUGGCCAGACAACAGGAAAGGGCAGCACACCCCUGAAGGACCUGAAUGCCAGGCCCCUGGAGGUGUUCAUGUGCAGUGUGCUGAAGAGACAAGGCUACGGGGAGGGGUUCCGCUGGAUGGCCCAGUACAUCAACUGACCCUGCCACAAUCACAGCAGCACUGCCUGGCCCAGCUCAGUGUUGUCUGCUCCUUAUUUGAUCACUCAGUGUACGUAACUUGAAUUCAUUUGACUGUUCAAUUUUAAAAAUGCACAUUUUUAGCUAAUUAUAUCAUUGAUGCUAAAUUGUAAGUGUGAGGAUUGCAAAAUUAUUUCAAGCAAGUUUGUAAGUUUAAAUACCACAACCUGUGAGCUUUCUAAUCCCAUGCAACAUCCUUUUGCAGCUUUUAAUUUAAUGAGUCUCCAGCACCAUUUUUGGUCAGAGCAACUUUCCAGUACAGUAUGUUUGAAUGCACUUUUUAACAGCUGAAAAUGAUGAACAUGUGAAAAAUAUUUAAUGCUUAUGUUAAAUUUUUUAUGUACUUUUUUGAAACUGGUUUUAUAACUUUAGAGUAUAUAACCAUCUUUCAAGGAAUAAUAAAUAAUUAGCUGAUGGAUAAUUGCAUGAUGCCUUACAGUUUUCAAUAAUACAUUUUCUUAUGCAACGUCAUGCAAUAAAUUUAAAUCCAGUUUUUGGCAUCUUUAAUGGGAAAUGUUUCAUUUUAAUGUGUCUUAACUAGUGAGGCUGAUCUGAAUAUGUGGGAUAUUUUCCUGAAACACAAGCAGGCCACAAAGUAGCUUCAUUGUAGAUCAGAGUAAGGUGGGUUUUUUCAGAAGACUAAAUUGUAUUUAUUUUAGGAUUUUCCAUAGUAAAGGAGAAAUCUACUGUGAUGCCCUUAUAAUUACCACAAAUAUAAAAACUCUAAAUUAGCUGUGCCAAAGUAAGUCUUGAAUUAAUGACAAAAGUGGUCUUAAUCUGCUGGUCUCUUGAUUUAAACCCCUGAUGUGACACAAGAAAUACAGUUUCUUUCUGAAGAAAUAAGAAUACCACUGCACUAAAUAUCCCAUUUCCAAUUUAAUUAAUUUUUGGGUUUACCAGAAGACUUGCCCAUGAAAUUUCCAGGUAAAAAAAAGGAAUUGCCAUUGCUGUUUUUGCAAGUUUACCAGCUCACACUUAUUGGCCAGUUUAAUUUUUAGGACAAGAUGGAUUCUUUUACGUGGUUUUGCCCUGAAACCUGGCCAGUGUGGCAGCUGCUGGCUGCCCAGGGCACUUUUUUUUCUGGGGUAAAAUGCAAUUUCUCUUUCUAGUUUCUGAUGCUUUUCCCUGCUUUUGAGUGUUAGUUCCCCGAGGAGAAAGCAGGUUAUCUUUGAAGAAAGGGUAUUGCAGCAUGUUUCAUUGAUGCUGACUGGGAGCUGUGGUGGGUGCUUUCUUGCUGGGCAAGUUUUACUCCUAAUUUGCCAAAUGAAUGUGGGGUUUCAGCCCUGGAGUCUCCAUUUCACUAUGAUGGGUUUGAGUUUCACUGUGUAGUUUGUUUUGUCCUUGUACAAAUACAAACUGCUGCCAGUUGUACUGAAUCCCUUUUACUUCCUGUUGUAUAUCUUCUCCAAAAUACUUCAGGCCUUAUGUUUCCAAUAUCCAUGGCAGCAAGUGUAUUUCUGACUGAUUUGAUUUCACAAAUGACUUUCUUUUGACCUCUGGGCUUGAAUCUCAGAUCUAAAGGCUGUAGGCACAAAGCAAAUAAAUGAGACUUAUUCCUUGCCCAAACCUGAACUGGUGUGAUUGAAUAUUGAUGAUCAGUUCCCCACAGUCCUAGAUUGUGCAUCUGAAUAAUGCAGAACCUAACUAAUAUAAAUUGUAAAUGAAGUUUAUUACUGCAGAAUCACAUGCAAAAGAUUAAGCCCAGUUUGUGUGUGGUGCAGUUCAGUGUGAGGGCAUUGGAGGGCUUUUCCAAAUGACCAGCAUAGAGAAUUCUGCAUUUAAACUCGUGCUCAGCUGUAGAGUGGUGUCUCUGCUGCAUAAAUCCAAACUGGAGGCAAGAAGUGGCCUCUCACCACUGUGUGGACAGUGUGUGUCUUUACUACCUACAGCCAUUAUGUAGGGGAUGUGCCUCUUGGUUUUUUUUUCCUAGCUUUUUCUGAUGAUGGUUAUAAUGCAGAGAACCACAGCUAAAUCACUAGAUGGUGUAAAUAUUAAAAGUACUACUUGCAGAGUCACAUUGUGGUGUUGAUGUGAGGGAUUUGGGACUGUGUUGCCCCUGCUUAUGGAAAUGAAGCUGGAAGUGGAGAUUUGUGCUGCACUUCCACAGGCUGAGCCGUUGCAUGGGCUUGGAGGGGUCCUCUUCACCUGCUCUUCCAACCAACUGUGAACAGUAGCACUAAAGAAAGGGGUAAUCCUAUUAAAAAUUAAAAAGGAAGGGAGGUGAUGGUGCUUAAAAGCGUGUGUUAAGAAUAGUUCCCAGUGUUGUGGAAACACUCUUGAUUUCCUGGUUCCUGCUCUGGGAUGGUGGCUGAAAUGUUAUUGUAACAAGGGCAUGAAGAUUCCUUGUGUUAUCCAGCUGGGUAUGUUGUUGAAAUAGGUGAUCAAUGCUCAGUGAAAUACAUAAAUAAUCUUGCUCUAUUUCAUUUCAUUCAGCAGAGGAAGGACCUUUCUUCUGUAGUUUACAUUCUGUUGUGCACAUGAAUGUGAAUGAGUGUUGUGUGUCUUUGUGUGAAGACUUUAUUAAUAGACAAAUAUACUGAUGAGAAUUUUCCUGGUGGUUCUCAUCCCCACCCCCUCCAUAUCCCCCUGGCCAUUUAUUUCUAUUUUAUUCCUAUUACUGUGGCCAGUCUUGCUUCAAAAAAAGUAGUGUUCACAUUUGGGUCUGACUUAUAUGAUUUUUUUUGCACUCUUGACUAUGCAGAUUUUAAUUGAACAUCACUUUAAAGAAUGUGAAAAAGAAAACUCAUUAAUAAAGAUGUUAUUUAUGAAUUGUCUCAUUUUGUUUUUACAUUGCAACACUUCCUUAAGAGAAAUUAAUGCAGAUUUCUAAGAUCCUAAUAUCUACUUCUGACAGUGGCCUGUAUUUCACAGCAGUGACCCCAUUUACUAAUGUCUCUGGGUUGAAUAAGAUUUCUUUUGCUUGGAUGUAAUUAAAAUUGGGGUCUAGUAUGUAUUGUAUAACUGAGAGGCGAUUGCUGUAUUUCAGUCUUGGUUUAAUACAUUUUUCAGCAACAAUUAUUGGCAUUUGAGAUGGGAAAGCUCUCCAAGCUUUCUCAUUUAUCCUCUGCCAGAUCAGGAUUAUUUCUGUGUUCAGGUCCUGACUAUGAUGUGCCAAAGGUGGCCUGUGGCAUUCACUGGAGUACAGUACCUGCAUGCAUGGGAGCUUUAUUGUGUUUUGAUAAAUGGCUCUGAGCAUCAAACAGAACAUUUGGCAUUCACUUAUUUAUAAAUAAUGUCAGUUCAGAAAAAUGAUGGGAGUGGUCUCCAAUCCCAGUGAAUUCACAGGUUUGCUGGAGGUCAAAUUGUUCUUCUCUUGUUUGUCCUGUCAGAGUAUUUGGUUGUUCCCAACCAAAGUCCAGUGUUUCUGUUGACUACAACGUGCUCACAUUUAGGUCACACUAUUGUUAGUUGUGGACUGAGGAGUUACAUUUGAGCUUCAUCCACUGGGGUCAGUGGGGACGUGUAACUUCCUUGCACUUGGACAAACCACUCUUUGCACUGGUGUUUCUGUUCUGAAAUGUGAGUGCGCUCAAUGUUGAAAAUCGUAAUUUAUAUAAUAAACUGCAGAAGAAAAGCUAAAGAUGAAAGUGUUCUUUAACAUGUUGUCGAUGCAUUUGUUAUUAUGUUGUCCCAUCCUGUGCUGGAAAUACAAGUAUUGGGAAUAGAAAAUAAAAUUUUGCUUGAAAUUUGAA